AUGUCAAGUUAUCAUUACGUUCUCAAAAACAGAAGAAGACUGAAGUGUCAUUGUCUUUUUCUACUUGUUGUUGUGUUCUCUGUUUGUGCUAAAAAAUGUUCGGGAAAUUUAUUGCCGAGUUUUGGUGGGGAGAAAAACAUUGUACUACGUCGCAUUCACAGUCCAUACAAUGCCGUAGGUGACACAAUAAUACCAUUUGGAACAACAGUAUUAAUUGAAAAUGGAACAGUAAUCCGAUUUCCGCCUGGUUCCCAAUUGAUAGUCCGAGGAACUCUAAUUGCACAGGGCACUAGUAAUCAUCGUAUUUUGUUUACGAGUUCAAGUGGCAACAUUUAUACUGAUCAACAGCAAACACCAUCUGGUAUAAAAUUUCGCUUGAUAGACGGUGCAUCGACUCAAAAUGGACUUUUACAAAUAUAUCACAAAGAUCAUUGGAGAUAUGUUUGUUCACAGUCUUAUAGAUGGUUUGAUUUUGAUGCAAAUUUAACGUGUCGAACGCUGGGUUUUCGUAACGGAACCGUAUCACCACAUAGAAAUAAUUAUCAAUCUAUGUACGGUAUUGUUAUUGAUUAUCCAGCAUGUACAAGUAGUGAGACAAAUCUACUGAAUUGCGCCGGCUUUCAUUCUCCUCAAAUUGGACUUCAUAUUUGUGACGACAAGCAAUAUAUUCAUUUAAUUUGUGAUGGUUUCUAUGAUCCAUCUCCAUUUCAUAAUUGGGGUGGAAUUGUGUUCGAACGCCGUCGAUCGAUCGAACGAUCGAUUAUUCCAGAAAUAUCAGAUUCAGCCACAACAUUAUCUGAUCAACCAUUAUCCCAAUCAAUUUUAUCUUAUGUUGACAUAUUUCACGCUGGUUUUCGUCCAAGUAAUACGAUAAGAGCUUAUCCAGAGCGUUAUGCAGCAUUAACUGUAUUUGAUCAUUCUCCACUUUUGUAUAAUGUAACCGUACAACAUUCAGCAUCAGAUGGAAUGAAUUUUUCAAAUGUAAUGAGUUCAGUAUUAAUUGAAAAUUCGUUAUCAACACGAAAUCAAGGACAUGGUAUCGUAGUAACAACUCGAUAUGGUAAUGUUACGUUAAACAAUGUUGAUCUUAAAAAUAAUGGUGGUGAUGGUAUAUUGUAUAUGUUAAAUAAUACCGAAUGGUCAAAACGUGAACAGGAAGAAGAUACAUCAUUGUUAUAUAAAUCAUUUUGUGAAACAGCAAAUAUUGUACAAUAUCCAAGUUAUCUACGUUAUAGACCAUUAGCAUCAGGAACAUGUUGUUCACAGAAAUUUGUCUCACGUAAUUAUUAUACUCGUAUCACUAUUCAUUUUCAAACUGUGCUUAUACAUGAUCAAGCAUCCAAUUAUCGAUUUGAAUUGUACAAUGGUGCAUUUGACUAUGCACCAUUGAUAAGUAACAUUACAUUUUUACAACAUAAUCAUACAUUAGAGAGUAUAUCAUCCGAUUCAAAUGAGAUUCUUGUACGUUUUUGUCAUUAUUGUAAUCCAUUUCUUGGUUCAUGUUCAAAUGUGGCACAAGAUAAAAUUAUGUUGUAUGCUGUCUACGAUUAUGGUCGUGAUGCUGAUCUUCAUUUGUGGAACACGCGUAUAAUGAAUAAUUCUAAUAAUGGUGUUCGUGUAGUUAAUCUUCGUAGUUUAGUCGAAUUAAAUCAAACAUUGAUUAGUGGAAAUAAUCGACAUGGACUCGAAAUUGAUUCAGGAGCAGGUAGUAUAUGGUCAUAUCAUUCAAAGUUUAAUUGGAAUGGUGAAGAUGGCGUUCAUAUUGAAUAUAAUGGAGGUGAACGUCGUUUUUUGUAUAGUGAAUUUUCCCAUAAUUUUCAACAUGGUGUUUAUAUUAAACUCGAGCGUUCAAUAAAUACUCUCUUAUCUAAUAUUACUCAUCCAUCAAUAGAUAGUUAUCGUCAGAUAACAAAUAUGAAUGGUUCUAUUGUUCGAUCAAAUAUGUAUUAUGGUUUAUAUCAUGGUGCAACAUGUCGUUUAUCAUAUUUUCAAAUAAAUGGUACACUGUUUGAACGUUGUGUGUACGAUGCCAUACGUUUAGAAACUUGUCAACAUGAAUGGCGCCCAUCAGUUGUUAUUUCAAAUCAGUUUCGAGCACCAUCUUAUUCUAAUUUUGAUGUUAAUACACCAUUACCACCAAUUUAUAGUUCACCGUACGAUGCUUAUCCAAAAUAUCCACCUUUCAUUCCUGUGGCACUAUUAUUUGCUAAUGAAACAGGCAAUAUUCAGUUUAAUGUAACAUGGAAUCGUUUUUUAAAUAAUAAGCGUCUGGCAUUACGUAUAGAUCCUGUUCAGAAUAUAAUUGGUGAUAUAUGUAAUAAUAGUGUUAUUGGACAUGAAAAUGGAGGCAUACAUUUAAUUGGAAAUAACUCAAAUUGGAUAAAAGAUGUUUAUCUACGAAAUGUGACAUUAAGAAUUAUGUUGAAUAAUUUUACCGAUAAUCGUGGCCAUAGUUCAAUUGUAUCAUUAGGUUUAAAUGAGUUAUCACCCUAUCAGACAAUAUUAUUCAUAUACAAUCGUUUAAUGAACAAUAACAUAACUGAUCAUUAUAAUCCAUUUUUAAAUUCUCGUUCAAAAACAUCGGGUGUAUUAGCAAUAUCUUCUAGUCACAUACGUGUUACAAGAAAUAUAUUUGGUAAUAAUUUUAGUCGAUUUGAUAUUGUUAGUCAAUUGACAAAUUCGAAUGUUAUUAUACAAGCUGACAUGAAUUUUUUUACAAAUAUUUAUCCACCAUCAAUGAUACAUUUACAAGUACCUCUAACAUCUAAUGAAUUACAACAAAGGAGACAACAACAAUUUCAAACAGCAAUUCAAAAACACAACAGACUUUCUCAGCAACAACACCAGCCAUCACCAUCACAUCGGUAUCCAUCAUCACUGGAUCAAUUUUUUCUAAAACAUAAUAAUUUACUUGAUUCGAAUGAUGAUAAUACUUCUGUACUGUUCGAAGCAUUAAAACACACAAGGUAUAAUCGUCAAAUACAAACACAACCAUUAUCACAAAUAUCCUAUAGUUAUUUACCAGAACCAUUUGAUUUAAAAACAAAUUUUUUUCCAUAUGAUCCUCUAUCACCACUACAACAACAACAACAGCAACAACAAAUACCUGUUCAAUAUUUAUUACCACAAAAUCAAAUAUUAUCAAUUCCAUCUGUAAAUAAAAGUCAAUUAUUAUCAUCUCAAACAUAUGAUGCUUAUUAUGCAUCACCAGCUUCUACAACCUACUAUUAUUAUUCAUUAUAUUAUGAAAAACCAGAAUUAUGUUUUCAAAAUUGGCCAAAAAUUCGUUCUCGCAUAUUUGAUUAUCAUAACCGUUCAAAUCUUGCUCAAAUUAUUUGGUAUCCAUUUUUAUGUAGUGAUCGAAAUUUAACAACAGAAAUUUGGCAAUGUCAAUUACCUAAUUGUGGAUUUUCACCGGCAAGUUUUUAUGUUCAACAAGAUCAAACACAACGAGAAAAUAAUUUUAAUUAUAUUGGUGGUGUACUCGAUAAAUUUUAUAUAUUAUCACCUGGAAAAUAUAUCGUUAAUAAUGAUAUAUUAAUUAAACCAGGUGCUGGUUUAACAAUUGAAAAUUCUCAAUUACAAUUUAUGAAUGGUAUUGGAAUGUUUGUUAUGGGUGAAUUAAUUGUUAAAGGUCAUGAUGGAUCAAAAACAAGAUUUGAAUUAUUUGAAAACGAAACAAGUAAUUCAAUAUUGAUUAAUCAACAAAUAAGAGAAAAUGUGUUAAAAAAUCGUUAUUCAAAUUCAAGUGAACAGGGUAUAGUGAUGUUAAUUGCUGGUCCAUCAAUCUAUGAAGGACGUUUAUUUGUUGUUGCACCACAUAAAAGUGGCUCUGGUACCAUAUGUAAUAAAAAUUGGAAACAAAUUAAUUCAAUUAUUAUUUGUAAUCAAUUAGGUUUUAUACACGAUCCCAAUGAACAUGUUUAUUCAAAUAAUAAUCGAACAAUAAUGUUACUAGAUCAAACUGUAUCAACAAUAACAGAUCCGAUAUUGUGGAGUGAAAUUGAUUGUGAUUAUUUAGAUCAAACAAUAUUUGAUUGUAGACGAGAAAUAGCACAUACAUGUGAUCAUUCAGAAGAUGUUUGGAUAAAAUGCUUACCACCAUCGUGGGCAGGUGUUCAUAUUGCUCCAUCUUACAGUAAAUGUUCGUUAGAAUAUGUUCAUUUCGAUUCAGCUGGUCAAUAUGACUAUCAUCUAGAUGAAAUACAUAGCGCAUUGGAAAUUGAUUUAAAUAAUGCACAAAAUUAUUUAACAAAUUUAACAUUUUCACGAAAUAUUAUUGGUUUAGAAAUGCAUAUUAUUCAUCCAUACAGUAAAUCAUAUUUAUAUUAUUCUAAUUUUAUACAAAAUUCUUAUGUUGGUUUAUAUCUUCAUACAGAUUUUUUAAACAUAACUCAUUGUAAUUUUUCACAUCAUGUUUAUUCAUCUGUACAUAUAGAAUCAACAUUUUCUUAUUAUACACUUGAACAAUAUCGUUUAAAUAUUCAACAACAACGAAAUAUUGAUGUUAUUGAUUUAUUAACAGUACAAUCUUACUAUUUAGAACGAAAUAAAUAUGUAUUUUUAACAACAACAUUUGGUGGUUAUAAUUCUUUUGAUAAUGUAUUAAAAAAUAUUUUAACUAUUCAGACAGAUCCUUCAUUUAUACUUGUUUUUGAAUUAAUUGACUAUAAUCCAUUGUCAAAUACAGAUGAACAACUAUUUAUUUGUGAAUAUGUUUGUAUUAAACAAUUGAAAAAUAAUUAUAAAAAAUGGUCAUUAGCAAAUGAUCGUGAUCAAUUUCCCAUUAUAACAGCAUAUGCAAAUGUUCAAUUACAUUAUCAAGUAAAUUAUUAUCGUUCUGGACGUUUGACACUUGUUGUCUACAGUGUACAAGCACCAACAUUUCAAGAUGAUAUUAAUGGAUGGACAAAUCAACCAUCAGAUAGUCUUAUUACAUUUCAUAAAUGUCUUUUUGUACACAAUCAACAUGAUAUUGUCAAUUAUUUGAAUGAUCGUGAACCAACAAAUCAAUUUUAUCAAAAAAAAUUGAUCAAAAGUGAUAUUGAAAGAUUAUUUGAUCAAUUAUUGAAUGAAAAUGUUCAAAAUAGAAUUGAACAACGAGAACAAAAUAUAUUUUUACAAGAGGAACAAAUGAGAAAACAAAUUCGUCCAGCUACAACUGUUAUACAAUUAAAAAGACGAUAUAAAAAUUCAACAUUGUAUAUUGUUGAUUGUUUAUUUAAAAAUUCUCAAAAUUGUUCAAUUUUAAUUCAACAUGAAUCAAUAUGGCGAACACCAGAUAAAAUUGAACAAGAUAUUCGUUUAUUAAUGAAUCAUACUUUACAACAACAACAACAACAACGAAAACCAUUUAUACCGAUACAAUACACAUGUAGAAUUGAUUACUCAAUAUUUUAUAGUAAUGCUAAAGCACUCACUAUCGAUGCUCAUCCAUUGAUUUAUAGUGAUCGUUUAUUACGGUUAGAAAUUUCACAUACAAAUUUUACAAAAAACUAUGGCCCAUUGAUAAACAUUACAUUACCAAGAUUAUUUAAUUUUAAUCGUACGUUCUUUGCAUCAUUAUCAACGUGGCCUUAUUUAUCAUCAACAUCAAUUUAUACUCGGGCACCAUCGAUUUAUUCUCUCAUGUCACAUGGUAUACGUUUGUAUCGUAAUAGAUAUUUAUUCAAUGAAAAUUUUCUAAUUAAACUUGCUGGUUAUCAUUCAUCUGUAAAUAUAACACGUUCACUAUUUGAAGCAAACAUAGCUCAAGAUAAAUUAAUUGAAUACAAUGAUAUUGAAAAAGAUACAAUAAUUCAAGAUAAUACAUUUACGAAGAAUCGAGCCAAUAGUCUAUUAUAUAUUGAUUCAACUGGUCAUGCUCCAUUUCAUAAUGAUCUAUUAUCAAUAUCAAUGAUUGUCUAUAAUACAUUUUUUGAUAAUGGACCGAUUCAUUUGAAAUCACCAUUUGUCACAUCUUGUCUUCAUUUAUCUGGUUCUAAAAAUGCUACAAUACAACGUAAUAUAUUUGAAAAUAUAAAUUAUGAAUAUGAAUUUAUAGCCGGUCUUUUAAUCGAUAGUUUAAAUACAACAAUUGAUAUUACAUUAAAUUGGUGGGGUUCCGAUGUUUAUCAAGCUAUACAAAAUCGUAUUUUAGAUUUUACAGAACGAGCUGAUCAUUCAUUAACAGUUUGGAAUCCGUUUUUAGCAUGUCGAGAGCCAACAUGUGCAAGUAUUAAAUUACCUAUUGAUAAAACAAAUGGCAUAUUUCAUACAAAUAGACCGAUUAGAGGUAUUAUAUAUGCCAGUACAAUAUUACAUAAACGAAAACAACCUUAUCUUAUCAAUGGUGAUAUAAUUAUUUUACCUGGUGUAACAUUAACAUUAUCACCCGGUGUUCAAUUACAUUUUGCACCAAAUACCGGUAUACUUGUGCUUGGACAAUUGAAUGCUGUUGGUACAGCUAAAGAACCAAUUGUAAUGCGUUUAGCCAAUAAAACAUUUAUUUUUCAACAAAUUAUGAAUGGAGAUAAUCCAUAUCGUUACCAUUUUGUUGAUGAUACACUAAAAAUACCUUAUCAUUUGAAACAGAAUACUCGUUUUGAUCGUUUACAAUUACGUCUGGCUAUGGGUCGUUCGCCAAAUGAAGGUUUUGUACAAAUAUAUAAUCGAACAACACGCGAUUGGUCUUAUGUAUGUUAUGAUACAUUCAAAUCUAAACAAUCAUUUCGUUUAAUAUGUUAUCAAUUAAAUUUACCAUGGCGAAAUGUUUUUGCCUAUUCGGAAAAAUUUUAUUUAUAUGAUAAUCAACAAUUACCAAUAUGGCAUGAGACAGUUGAUUGUUCUGGUUCUGAAUUAACACUCUCAUCAUGCUCCUAUGAUACAUUAUUUAAUUAUAAAUCAAAUGAUACAUCAUGUCAACAACGUUUAUUCUAUAUUGGAUGUUAUGAGACAAAUGAUAACUAUGAACAAAACACUCAACAAUUUAUGAUAAAUGAUUAUACAUAUUUGAAUUUUGGUAUACCAUCACCCUAUUCAUUACCUACCUACGAUAAUCCACAGGCAUGGUCUGGUAUUCAAUUUGCUAAUAGUGAAUAUGAAGAAGAUUUAUCUAAUUUUGAUUAUACAUCACCAGAACCAUCUGUAUUAAAUUAUGUUUUAUUAUCUGAAGGUGGCUAUCGAUAUGACGGUCUAACACAUAAUUGUGAACAACCCGUUAUACAAACAAUCUAUCGUACACCGGCUAUUGAACGUUCACAUAUUCAAAAUUCACGUUCUCAUGGUUAUGAAUUUAUUUUACCAAAACGUUCAUUAUUAUUUGGUUUUAGUCGAAUAACAAAUAGUUUAAAUAAAGCCAUCAAUGGAGUUGUUUAUCAUGGACAAUCGACUAGUACCGACUCUGAUUUUGAUCUAUUAUAUGAACAAACAUUAACAAGUUGCUCAAAAACAAAACCAUUUAGUCUUUUACAUAUGUGUAAUGCACAUCGUAUUGUCAAUAUAAAAUAUCGACUCGUGACAUAUUUCAAUUAUGAUCAUCAAUAUAGAACAUGUUCGAAAUUAUUUUGUACAAAAUCACCAUCUUAUCAAAUUGCAUUACGUUUUAUUCAGGGAAAUCUUGUGAAUAGUAGUUAUCAAAAUGAUUGGAUUGAAAUACAUCGUGUUACAACCGAUUCAAAUGGUUAUGAAAUAAAUGAAUUAAAGGCUUAUUUAACGAACGGAAGUAAUGAUCAAUGGGCUAAACCAUAUUCAAUUAAAACGGGAUGUUUACGAUUGACUAUUCAUGCGUCAAAUGGUCGUCCCACCAAUGGUUUUAUGGCUGAAAUAAUGACAUUACCUGUUUCACCAUUUUCCACAAAAGAGAUUAUUCAUAAAAUUUCUGACAAUACAUUUAUUGGAAAUCAACAUGGUGUAUUAAAUUAUUUAUCUGCUGGUGAGCGAUCUGCUGAUUUUUAUUUUCAACGUAAUACAAUUAUGUCCAAUGGUUUUUAUCGUUAUAAUUCAUCAUCAUUAUCAAUAAAUCAAUUUUUAUUUCAAAAUGCACAACGAUUUUAUUUUGGAAAUAAUUGGUUAAGUCGAAAUUUAGGUGGAACAUAUGUUCAAUGCCAUAGUCAUUCGUCAUCAUCAAUUUUUAAUGGUUAUAUAUUUAACAAUGUAUUCUAUGACAACAGAAACGAUUCUGUACUCGCUGUACAUGGUGUUCAAUUAUCUGCUUAUUGUAAUUUAUAUACCUUGAGAAAUGCACUUAUAUACAACGAUGCGUAUGAUCGUAAUCUAGUCAGUUUUGAAACAGUUGUAGCAAAUUUUAGUCGAAAUCAAGUUUAUAAUAAUACGGCGACAAAUAUUAUUUCAAUGUUUGGUUUUGAUAAAAUAGCUGCACCUUAUCCAUCUAUAGAAAUGAAUACAUUUAAGAGAAAUAAAGCAGUUGGAGAAUUAAAUCAACCAUUUUUAGAUCGAAUGGGAGCAAUUGUUGUUGCUAGUAAUCCAAGACAAUUGUAUAUGUUUAAUACAUUUGAAAAUUUGGAUAGUCGAUAUGAAAUGUUAACAAAACCCAAAUCAUCAGAUGACAUAUUAACAACAUCACAAGUGAAUGCAUCAAUGAACUAUUGGGGUAAAAUGAAUGUGAAAGAUAUUGAUGCAAGAAUUCAUGAUAAAUACGAUAAUAAAUUGUUAUUAGAAGUCAAUUAUUUUCCACCUUAUUUGGAUCCGGGUACUCUUAGACAAGGAAAAUGUGAACCGGGUUGGUCAUUGAAUGAAAAUUUGUGUUACUUUUAUUUUGGAAGUGUAACCACGUAUCAAAUGGCUGAUGAAUUAUGUCAGUUUAUGAAUGGACGAUUAGCACGUCGUGGUGUUCAAGGUCGUUUAAGUGUACUACGUGCUUUGUGGAAAUCAAGUCAAUAUGAUUUUAAUAAUGAAGCACCAGCGACAGGUGUAUGGCUUGGAAAAGAGAUGAUGGUUAAAAAUAAUAUUGUUUGUAAUACAUUUGAUGAUAUGCAAGUCAAUGAUGUUAGUUGUACGUCAUCAGCAGCAUUCAUUUGUGAAAAAGAACAAUUAUUUGAAAGUGCCCGUUUUCUAAUUCGUGGUGAAUUAUUGAUUGCUGCUGUUUGCCUUUUUGGAUUAUUAAUACUUACUCUUCCUUGUAUUUGUUGUUGGUAUUGUAAAUCGAAACAGCGCAAAAAAGAUUCUUUUAAUCGACAAAAUUCUUUACGUCGAAGUAUUAAACAUGAAAUAAGUAAAGAAUCAUUAAAUGGAAUAGCCUCACUUCCAUCAUCAACAUUAACAAAAAGUGGUACAUUGUCAACAAUGACAACAUCAACAAUAACUGCAAAUAGUUCAACAAAACAAAAAUUAUUAUUAAAUUCUUCAACAAUAACCGCGUCCGAUAAUAGUGGUAGUCGUUUAUUAAACCGUUUAAGUAGUUUAACAGAUUCUUCUGAUCAAGAAAUAAAUCCAAAAGUAUUAUCAAAUUCUCAGAUGCACGAUUUUUCAUUAUUACGUUUACGUAAUCAUCAACAACAAUAUAGUCCAUCAAAAUCACCAGGUACAUCGACACCAGCUAUGAGUGAAACAAAUUAUGAUACAAGUUCACAACGUGGUCUGAUUGAUCAUUCAAGUGAAAAAAGUUUAUAUUCACCAUUACACAGUCCUAGAAAUGUGUCAGCCUCUCUCAAUCGUAGCAGUCAUCGUUAUACUCCAAUAAAUAAGAAUUUGACUUUAACACCACCCUCUCUUCCACCAGCUCCGCCUGUUGUUAAUCGACGCUCAAAAAAACGUGAAAUAGAAACAAAAAAUGAUUAUAUUCAACCCUUGGAUGAACAACGUACUCGUUCAUCUGCAACAUCUUUAGCAACACCAGAUGAUUAUUAUUACAGUCAACAUUCAUCGACAACACCAACUUCAACUAUAAGCCAGGGUAGUAAGCCUUCAUUGUUAAAUAAUGAUAAUACUUUAAUUAAUCGACAGCCAAUGCUAAUGAGCUUCGUACAACGUCAUCGUAUCAAUUAUUUUCUUCCACCUCAAACACAAACUCAAAGUACUCAAAUGUAUGAGACGAUUCAAACAACAAAUGACGAAGCAAAACCGCCCCCAUUAGAAACACAUAUAUAA